AUGGCCGCCACUGUUGAGAUCAACGACGCAGUAUUCUGCCAACAGCAUCUCGCAGAAAUCUGCGAUGACUGCAACGCCGAUUUGCGCGAAGAGAACGACGCUUUCUACGACCGCGAUGCAAUCGAAACUCCAGAUGCCUCCGUCAACAACGAUGGCGUUUAUGUCUGCAAUAAACAUCACAGCGGGACGUGCAGUCAGUGUUUUGGUUGGAAGAAGCAGAUCACACGAGCGAGGAUGGCGGCCAAAAAGGCUGGCAGGGAUUAA